CUCCAAUCAUGUGCAGAAGAACCUUACUUACAGUUUGCCUUGUUUCUGGGGGGGAACUUGCGAGGUGCUGCACAUUAUUAGGAAACAUUGGAACGUUUGUUGAUAGGUAGACCUCGAGACUGUUUUUAUUUUACGUGGUUUUGUUUAUAGAUGUGCCUAAGGAACAUUCACUUUGGAAUUAGGGAUACUUUUGUUCCUGUGAACUUCAGCAGUUUCUAUUUUUGCUUGUCAAGCACAACUAUGGGUCUCCGAGCGUGUCAGAGUACGACACGUGUUUUGUUCGCUAGAAAUCUGAGCUGGCAAGCUGCUACUGCCGUAGACCGGUUACUUGGAAAAAAGUAUUCUGAUAAAAAUAGCCCUUACAGUACUUCAGCCGGAAAGGAAUCGGAGAAAGGUAGCUAUGUUGAAGAACACAGCGGUGUCAUAUGCAAUGGCUUAUCUCUGGCAGCCGAGGGCAGCAAAUACUUGCUUUCAGACCAGACUGGACAUGGGGCAGAGUGGAAUGUGGAUUCAAUGGAUUGACUGAGGCGCCUAGUAUAUUUAAAUAAUAUUUGAGAAAUCUAUUUCUCAAAACAGGCGCCAUUAUGUAUCACUUUGUUACAAAACAUGCAUUUUGGAUAUGUGGAUAUAAUUUGUGUGGAGUUCUGCACACUCAAUUUACUGACCUUGACUUCCAACUCCCUUUAAAUUGGAAUAUGAAAUUGAAGUCAAUAUUGAAUAAAGAUAAGUUACACUAUUUUAUAUACUAUAUUGUAUUAUAUGGAAAUGUGUUUUAGCUCUCAAACGGUUUACUUUGUAUGAUUGUAGAAUGGGCUGGAGUGAUGUUGGAUCUCAUCUCUUGUUGAAGUUCUUUUGGAUGCAACUGCCUUGAUAUCGGUCCAUUUUUCUUACCGUAAAUGUGUAAAGUCAACUGUACGCGCUCUCUGCCACAUAGCUUCAUCCUCAGCCAUGAUCUAUUCCAGUCCCAGUUUUGGGGCCAUUUCUUUCUAAGUGUUGCGGUCUCACUUCUCUUCUCUCCCAUUGUUGUGCAGUCGCCGGGCGGACUGUGGUGACGGAGAGGAGGGGGUCAGUGGUCACCGUGGCGAUCAACCGCCCCGAGGUGCGGAACGCGGUGAACCAGGAGACGGCUGGACGGCUGCUGGACGAGCUCACGGCCUUCGACAGUGACCCCGCCCUGACUGUAGCAGUGCUCCAUGGCAACGGUUAGACACCCUGCACACUACAGACAGGAGCUCAGCAAAGCCUCUGAUGGAGGGUCAGCAGUAGCCUGGUCCCAGAUCUGUUUGUGCUUUUGUCUACGCUAUUGUCAAGUCAAACAUGUUUUGCAUGAUAAUUCCAUAAAGAGUUGGCAAGAGAGCAGAAACUGACUGGCAUCUAGGCUAGGUCAGCAUGGUUAGUGUAGCAGUCAUGAGUUGGGUACACGGUUGCUCAUAGUCACAUGAUGAGGUAGCCCGCCUGCGACUUCAAAAUCUGUCAGCUCUUGGCCCAAGAGGGAAUUUCUUCUUGGGCUAAUAGUUAAGACGUUGGUUUCUCCUGCAGUAGAUCUCGGUUCAGAUCCCGCACAUGACAUUAGCACAUAGAGACACUCAAAGACGGUCUCUACACUCAAAGACGGUCUCUAUGACAACACCUGAGACAUGGCGAUGAUGAUGAUGUAUUAAAGUAGUAGGCUAGAUUCAGCCACAGGCCGAUUUUGGUCGUAGCGGAUGGUCGGGGGCCGGAGCAUAAGUAUAAUAAUUUGUACACUGCAAGUUGACCACAACUAAACCCAAAAAUAUAUUAUUUUUUAAAUACAAUCAUUUCAUACAUUGAUUACAUUGAGACAUGAUCACAUACAGUGCCUUCAGAAAGUAUUCACACCCUUUGAUUUCCCCCCACAUUUUGUUGUGUUACAGCCUGAAUUUAAAAUUGAUUACAUUUAGAUUUUGUGAUACUGGCCUACACACAAUACCCCAUAAUGUCAAAAUGGGAUAAUGUUUUAACCCCCCCAAAUUUUUAUAUUAAUUAAAAAUGAAAAGCUGAAAUGUCAAUAAGUAUUCAGCCCCUUUGUUAUGGCAAGCCUAAAUAAGUUAAUUAGUAAAUAUUUUCUUAACAAGUCACAUAAUAAGUUGCAUGGACUCACUCUGUGUGCAAUAAUAGUGUUUAACAUGAUUUUUGAAUGACUACCUCAUCUCUGAACCCCACACAACAAUUAUCUGUAAGGUCCCUCAGUCGAGCAGUGAAUUUCGAACACAGUUUCAACCACAAAGACCAAGGAGGUUUUCCAAUGCCUCGCAAAAAAGGGCACCUAUUGGUAGAUGAAGAAAAAAAAGAAAAAAAAAGCAGACAUUGAAUAUCCCUUUGAGCAUGGUGAAGUUAUUAAUUACACUUUGGAUAGUGUAUCAAAACACAUGGUGGUGGCUGUCAUCAUGUUAUGGGUAUGCUUGUCAUCGGCAAGGACUAGGGAGUUUUUUUUUGGAUAAAAAUAAAUGGAAUAGAGCUAAGCACAGGCAAAAUCCUAGAGGAAAACCUGGUUCAGUCUUUCCAACAGACACUGGAGACAAAUUCACCUUUCAGCAGGACAAUAACCUAAAAGACGAGGCCAAAUAUGCACUGGACUUGCUUCCCCAGACAACAAUCAAUGUUCCUGAGUGGCCUAGUUAGUUUUGACUUAAAUCUGCUUGAAAAUCUAUGGCAAGACUGGAAAAUGGCUGUCUAGCAAUGAUCAACAACCAACUUGACAGAAAUUUGAGAAUUUAAAUAAAUAAUGUGCAAAUAUUGUAUAAUCCAGGUGCGCAAAGCUCUUAGAGACUAAUCCAGAAAGACUCACAGCUGUAAUUGCUGCUAAAGGUGAUUCUAACAUGUAUUGACUCAGUGGUGUGAAUACUUAUGUAAAUUAGAUUUCUGUAUUUCAUUUUCAAUACAUUUGCAAACCUUUCUAAAAACAUUUUGUUUUUAUUAUGGGGUAUUGUGUGUAAAUUGUGUGAGAUUAAAAAAAAUAUUUAAUCAAUUUUGAAUUCAGGCCACAAAUAAAAUGUGGAAUAAGUCAAGGGGUAUGAAUACUUUCUGAAGGCACCCUUUUUUAAAUUUGUGGGAAUACUUGGGAACAAAAUUAAACUAAUUUUAGCUGAAUUCCUGGUGAUUUUAGUGUUUUUUUGACCAAAAACUAAUAUUAUUUUUUAUAAAAAAUCGCUUGCGGGCUGGUUUUGUCCUGUUGCGGACCCCUGAUGUACAGUGGGGAAAAAAGUAUUUAGUCAGCCACCAAUUGUGCAAGUUCUCCCACUUAAAAAGAUGAGAGAGGCCUGUAAUUUUCAUCAUAGGUACACGUCAACUAUGACAGACAAAUUGAGAAAAAAAAUUCCUGAAAAUCACAUUGUAGGAUUUUAUUUGCAAAUUAUGGUGGAAAAUAAGUAUUUGGUCACCUACAAACAAGCAAGAUUUCUGGCUCUCACAGACCUGUAACUUCUUCUUUAAGAGGCUCCUCUGUCCUCCACUCGUUACCUGUAUUAAUGGCACCUGUUUGAACUUGUUAUCAGUAUAAAAUACACCUUUCCACAACCUCAAACAGUCACACUCCAAACUCCACUAUGGCCAAGACCAAAAAGCUGUCAAAGGACACCAGAAACAAAAUUGUAGACCUGCACCAGGCUGGGAAGACUGAAUCUGCAAUAGGUAAGCAGCUUGGUUUGAAGAAAUCAACUGUGGGAGCAAUUAUUAGGAAAUGGAAGACAUACAAGACCACUGAUAAUCUCCCUCGAUCUGGGGCUCCACGCAAGAUCUCACCCCGUGGGGUCAAAAUGAUCACAAGAACGGUGAGCAAAAAUCCCAGAACCACACGGGGGGACCUAGUGAAUGACCUGCAGAGAGCUGGGACCAAAGUAACAAAGCCUACCAUCAGUAACACACUACGCCGCCAGGGACUCAAAUCCUGCAGUGCCAGACGUGUCCCCCUGCUUAAGCCAGUACAUGUCCAGGCCCGUCUGAAGUUUGCUAGAGUGCAUUUGGAUGAUCCAGAAGAGGAUUGGGAGAAUGUCAUAUGGUCAGAUGAAACCAAAAUAUAACUUUUUGGUAAAAACUCAACUCGUCGUGUUUGGAGGACAAAGAAUGCUGAGUUGCAUCCAAAGAACACCAUACCUACUGUGAAGCAUAGGGGUGGAAACAUCAUGCUUUGGGGCUGUUUUUCUGCAAAGGGACCAGGACGACUGAUCCGUGUAAAGGAAAGAAUGAAUUGGGCCAUGUAUCGUGAGAUUUUGAGUGAAAACCUCCUUCCAUCAGCAAGGGCAUUGAAGAUGAAAUGUGGCUGGGUCUUUCAGCAUGACAAUGAUCCCAAACACACCGCCCGGGUAACGAAGGAGUGGCUUCGUAAGAAGCAUUUCAAGGUCCUGGAGUGGCCUAGCCAGUCUCCAGAUCUCAACCCCAUAGAAAAUCUUUGGAGGGAGUUGAAAGUCCGUGUUGCCCAGCGACAGCCCCAAAACAUCACUGCUCUAGAGGAGAUCUGCAUGGAGGAAUGGGUGUGAAAACCUUGUGAAGACUUACAGAAAACGUUUGACCUGUGUCAUUGCCAGUGGCGGCUCCUGAAAAAAUUCUCAGGAGGGGCAAUUUUUCUGAUGAUUUAGGUGACCUACACACAUUUAAAAAAAGAUAUGUCCAGCAACAACAUGAAGACAGGGGCAGCAUAUAAGUCAAUACCAGAAGCAUUUAUUGACUGAUCUCAAAAGUGUUGGCUUACCAGGGUUGGUGGAGCCCUCAGUUUCAUCUUUGCCUCGCAAAGCUAACUCAAACACUCCUCAAAACUUCACACACUGGAUUAGCCGGCUGAGGAUGUGGCGGUUCUUGCUAAUGUCGUAGUAAAUAUAUUUGUUAUAGUGAAUAUGGAAUAUGAUAUGUUGAGUAAAAUGUUGUGCUAAGAUCUAUUUAGGUCAGGAGCUGGUUAUAAGUUCUGUUCCUAUCCAAUAACAAUGGACAAAAGGGUCCUAUCUUGUCAGCCUUGUCAGCAGGUGGCCAAGGACAACACCCACGCCAUAGGCCUCUCAGUUCUUCCAACUCACGAGUUCUUGCUCUGAGGACACACACACACACAAACACACACACACACACAUCAUCACUGUUAAACACACACACACACACACACAUCAUCACUGUUAAACACACACACACACACACACACACACAAAAAUCCCCUCUCUUAGGCUGAACAUUUGAAGACAGAGAACCCGACUCAGAGCCAAUGCAACAGUGACAGUAGCCUGGAGGUGACCUCGCCCAACUCAUCAGGACCAAUCAGAAGAUCAGAACUACUAGAUUGAACCUACUUCAUUUAUUGCAUAAAAUGUCUGCACACAAUGUUUCGGGGCUCUCUUCAGAUAAUAAUAAUAAUAAUAAUAAUAAUAAUAUGCCAUUUAGCAGACGCUUUUAUCCAAAGCGACUUACAGUCAUGCGUGCAUACAUUUUUGUGUAUGGGUGGUCCCGGGGAUCGAACCCACUACCUUGGCGUUACAAGCACCAUGCUCUACCAGCUGAGCUACAGAAAGUGGAUACUCAUGGAUGCGCAUUGCAAUUGUAAAAUGUCAACACAAUUGGAGACACCACGUCAUUUUUGGAGACAUGUUAUUGACAGUAAACUAUUGUAGAUGCGACUGCUAACUAAAUAAAACAUUUUAGCUGGCUAGCUAAUCAUCUUAGCUAAAUGUGGGGCAAACAAUUCAGUUAUUUACCGUUAAUUUGAGGGAUUGGGGUGAAAGAAAUCGAGUUACAUAGUGAUACUUUACGAUAUACUGUAUUGACAAUAUCGCAAUAUUUUAGCGCUAGUUGGCUGUACCUGCACCAAAACACCAUUAUUGUUCCUUCAUAGCUUGUUCUCAAUCUUUUCACAUUGGGAGCCAAUUUGUUUUCAGCACUUUUAUUUCCAUGACUGAUCAAAACUCGUUCUCAUGGCUUUCUGAUCCCUCUGCAACAGACAUAUGGUGCGCAAUAAAAUCACAGUAUCGAAUCGCAAUACGUAUAGAAUCAUGAGACUCGCAAUGCUGAUGCAUAUAUCUUAUCGUGAGGUUCCUGGCAAUUCCCAGCCCAAGUUCAUUUGCCACAACAAAUCUCUUCGCUAGCAAACGCGAUGUCUUCUCCAAAACGGCAAUGUGUCUCCAGCAAUGUUUACUUUUUUGACGUUCUAUGGCAUCUCCACUUUCCAAGCAUAUAUGACCACAUGUAAUAUUUUGGUAAGUGAUGCAAAUAGUGAACUAUGUAGGGCCAGGAUGUAAAAUAUAUGUAGCUGCAGCAAUUUCUCUUAUCUGAUAUGGUAAGUAAUGGGGCUUAAUUUAUAGCUCCCUAAGAGUUUGACGAACGGGUCCGUGAACGCGAUUCCAGAUAUAUUUACCUCUGAAUAAACUGCCUUUAUUACACCAUAUCCACCCUGUCCAAAGUCUCUACUUGGUCUCAGUUGGUUCUCCAGUAAACUUGUGAUUAUCAACACUAACCUCAUCGUUGUGGCGGCGGACAGCUAGCCUGUAUCCCUCGUCAUCCAGUUGAGUGAGUGGCAAUGUCUUUUUUCGUUCGUACCAAUUUUUGGAAAAUCCUCGGGUGUAGGACUUUCCGCCUUUAGUAGAAACCUGUUGAAUUAUUAAAUUUGGUCUGGGAGGUCCUAAUUGUUUCGUUGCCAAUUUAUCUUCAUUUGUUCGCCGACAAAAAGGAACUUCUUUCAAACAAUCCACUCUUUUCUCAGUUACGUUCAUGGUUACGUAACGUAUGACGAAAGCGCGUAAGUGCAAGCCCACAGACACCCAUUGAGAUUGUAUUGAAGGCUCUGAAAUUUGAAAAAAAUAGAUUUUACAUGGGAGUCUAUGACAGACUUCUGGGCGAUUUUCAACCUGACUGAAAUCGCCCCAAAAGGGGGGGGAGCCAUUUGAAGCACGACUUUAGCCUGAUUCGACAUUUAGUGGCAGUGUGGCACUGUGGCAGAUCAGACGUAUAGAUUACAACACUGAUAACUACUGUUGCCGUGAUAUAAUUGAUUAGAAAAAAAAUCCCUUCCUUUUCCCGUUUGGCAGUGCGUCGCCCAUAUCGCCCUAUUGAACAGGCCGCCCCUGGUCAUUGCCAACAAAGGGUAUAUAACAAAGUAUUGAGAAACUUUUGUUAUUGACCAAAUACUUAUUUUCCACCAUAAUUUGCAAAUAAAUUCAUUAAAAAUCCUACAAUGUGAUUUUCUGGAAUUUAUUUUCUCAUUUUGUCUGUCAUAGUUGACGUGUACGUAUGAUGAAAAUUACAGGCCUCUCUCAUCUUUUUAAGUGGGAGAACUUGCACAAUUGGUGGCUGACUAAAUACUUUUUUUCCCCACUAUAUUUUCUUUCCACAGCUCACUAACAGUUACACAUACAAAACAUGACACCCCACUCUCCCCCAGACAUACAGGACAGUAGACAGCAAACUCGUAGGGAUGCAAUGACACCCAUUUUAUUGGAUGGAAAUAGUACCUUUUUUUGUCUUUGACAAAAUAAUGCUAAUAAGUUCAUUUACAUUCAGGGUAUUUUGAUAUUUACAGUGCCGUUGGCAAACAUUUCUAAAAACAUGUUUUCACUUUGUUAUUAUGGGGUAUUGUGUGGAUAAAACAUUUUUUUAUAAUAAUAAAAAAAUCAUCCAUUUUGAAUUCAGGCUGUAACACAUCAAAAUGUGGAAUAAGUCAAGGGGUAUGAACACUUUCUGAAGGCACUGUAUAUAUCUUAUUCCUCCAAAGCAAGGUGUUCAUAAUAAUGCCUUAAGAACAUGAUUUCCUUUUAAUUUUGGCAGAAUAUAAUUAUGUGGGCAGGCUCCCCAUAACACACUAUACACAGUCACCAAUUAUUUAGAUAUCCUUAAUUACGCAUGUAGAACCAUGCAGCCCAAUCAGCUGGGGCGAGAGAUCAAACUCUCUUUAAAAUCGUUUCGCCGGCUAACUGCAGGCGCUAGAAGCCCAGAGUGGGAGUCACAUCCUUCACUCCUCCUCCUCAUCCCCUAAUUAUCCCUGAUUUAAAAGUGCCUGUAUUAACAUAUGUAUGCUCACAGCUUCCAGGGUCCUGCACUGUGUCAACCAGGGAGCGAUAAUUAUACACACUUAAUACCUCUCCAAAUAAUAAUCUCACCCCAUCCAAAUGAACUCCCACAAUGGAAAUCAUUUUUUCAACCUGGAUCAACCCUCCUCCUCUCUUAGAGUGUAGCGUUGGCUGAGAGGCUUUAUUUUAAUGCUUCAACACCUCAAAGCUGUAACCCAGGGAAAUGAAGGCUGCUAAAUGCUGGUCGCUUCGGCGCUGAACUGAAAACAGUGUGGCGGUAAUUGCCUUGUGUUAUUUGGAUUAACUUUGACCAGUGUAAUGGACAACUCUGGCAAAGUGCACUUGGAUUCCUGCGCUGCCCAUUGUUGUUAAUUGGAGUGCAUGUCUCAAUGUAAAUCCAGUUUGUAGGUUCAAAUGUAGCUCUGCGCUGGUAAGGUGGCUGACCUCAAAAAGUAUUACUAAUCCCUCUGCUUGUGGAGAUGACAGCUAGACAUGUCCAGUCUGGAAACUAACUUUGCAACCAUAAGGAAGCUAUUUGGUCCAAAUUAGUCCAAAACAUGAUCAUUUUCAUCUCCAUUUUGGGAGAAUUGUUUCAGUACUUUUCACUAAAUUAUGAGUAAUUACCUCUGUUAUAUAUGUUUUGAAUCUGUUGGCACAUAUUUAGAGUUUUUUGGAAUCGUAUUUCUAUGUUUUUAUAGUAAGGGGGAUGGGGGAAUCUGAAGGUUUGCUAACUGCUGAAAUAGCUGCAAAGGUCACUGUUGUAGCACCUUUCAAUGAGGCCAUUUUAUCCCCAUUUUAGAGAACAUACGAUAAAGUGUAGUCGCAUGCGGCCAAAUCCAAACAUGAGAUAUGGGCAUGUUACUUCAACUUUCUCACAGGUUUUCCAUUAAUAUCAAUAAUAAAAUCCUUUAAAAGUUAUUUUCCCAAAGAGACGUGUGCACUGCACAAUUUGCAUAUUGGUUUUAGCUUGUUUCUCUGAUUCAACCUUUAAACUCACCAUAAAGUCACAAUAUGCUCUCAUCAGUUUUAAAAACAGAAAAUGGUAUCAUAAUGUCUCCUGGUAUAGUCCUUCUACAAUAUCUCUUCAUACAGAUUCAAUCAAAUCCAGGAAGCACUGGUACAUAAUUACACAGACACAGCCUUUUAAAGAACUCUCCUCCUCUGACCCACUGCUGCUGUAAUCAAGCCAGUCUCAGUGGAGGGGUGUUGUAGCACAUUUCUCAUCCUCAGUCUCAUUACAGUUAGAAACAGAGCGGCCACACCGUUUUACAGCCCUCCGCCUCAGCGCCUGUGACAUAGUGUUUGUAGGCCUCCUGGGUAAUGUUGUAAUUACCACAUGAAUACAACGGAAGGGGCUUUGGUCAGGGUGCGUUAUUCUACCAUUAAUGAGAGCAUUGUGCAGUAAAGAGAGACUGAGCCCACGCAAGAGCAGAAAAUAAUUUGUGUGCCAGCCAGCCAGCCAUAUUUCCUCAUGCAUUUCUAAAUUGCAGCCCUGCCUCUCCUCUUCAAGUUGUUGUGUUUUUUUUCUUCAUCCUCGUCAUUUUCCCUUCCUCUUCAGUUGCCAGCUGCCAUACUUUGUAAUUUUGUGGUCUCUUCCAGGAGGGAAUUUCUGUGCUGGUUACGAUCUGAAAGAGCUGGCCCAUCACACUGCCUCCCUCAAAUUGGAGCAAGAUGUCACCAAAGGUCCUGCUCCUAUGGUGCGCGCAUCUGCAAAAACCUUCCCUGACUUUGCAUCACCCUCACACGCGAUCAGUGUGCACAGAACAGUCGAUGACUGAUAACACACAACCUAACUUUCAAUGUAUCUGUUUGUCAUUAUUGACCCCUCUGUAUGUAUAUGUAAAUGGAUCAGUUGUGGUAUGUCUUUCAUACAGUGCCUUCAGAAAGUAUUCUUACCCCUUCACUUAUUCCACAUUUUGUUGUGUUCCAGCCUGAAUUCAAAUUGGAUUAAGUUGAUGUUUUUCUCACCCAUCUACACACAAUACCCCAUAAUGACGUAGUGAAAACAUGUUUUUAGACAUUUGUGCAAAUUUAUUGAAAAUGGAAUACAGAAAUAUCACAUUUACAUACGUAUUCACACCCCUGAGUAAAUACUUUGUAGAAGCAUCUUUGGCGGCGAUUACAGCUUUGAGUCGUCUUGGGUAUGUCUGUAUCGGCUUUGCACAUCUGGAUUUGGGGAUUUUCUCCCAUUCUUCCUUGCAGAUUUCUCAAGCUCUGUUAAAUUAGAUGGGGAGCAGCAGUGAACAGCAAUCUUCAAGUCUUUCCACAGAUUUUCAAUGGGAUUCAAGUCUGGGCCUUGCAAUGACUUUCACAUUCUUGUUCUGAAGCCAUUCCAGAUUUGCUUGGGGUCAUUGUCCUGUUUGGAACUUACAUUUUCAAUGGGAUUCAAGUCUGGGCCACGCAAUGACUUUCACAUUCUUGUUCUGAAGCCAUUCCAGCUUUGCUUGGGGUCAUUGUCCUGUUGGAACGUAAAUCUUCGCCCCCCAGUCUAAUGUCGUUUGCACUCUGAAGCAGGUUCUCAUCAAGGAUUUGCCUGUAUUUGGCUCCAUUCAUUGUUCCCUCUAUCCUUACCAGUCUCCCAGUUCCUGCCGCUGAAAAGCAUCCCCAUAGCAUGAUGCUGCCACCACCAUGCUUCACGGUAGGGAUGGUGUUAGACGGGUGAUGAGCUGUACCUGGUUUUCUCCAGACAGUGCUUUGCAUUCAGGCCAAAGAGUAAAAUGUUUGUCUCAUCAGACCACUUCAUAUUUUAUGCUCUCAGUCUUUCACAUGCCUUUUUACAAACUCCAGGCGUGCUGUAGAGACGGUUGUUCUUCUGGCAGGUUCUACCAUCUCAGCCAAGGAACUCUGUAGCUCUGUCAGAGUGGUCAAUGUGUUCUUGGUGACCUCCCUGAUCAAGGUCCUUCUUGCCCAGUUGCUCAGUUUGGUCAGACGGCCAGCUCUAGGCAGAAUCUGGGUAAUUCCACAUUUUUUUCCAUUUCCAAAUGAUGGAGACCACUCUCCUCUUGGAAACUUUCAACACUCUAGAAAUGGUUUUAUACCCUUCCCCAGAUACAGUUGAAGUCGGAAGUUUACAUACACCUUAGCCAAAUACAUUUAAACUCAGUUUUUCUCAAUUCCUGACAUUUAAUCCUAGAAAAAGUCCCUGUUUUAGGUCAGUUAGGAUCACCACUCUAUUUUAAGAAUGUGAAAUGUCAGAAUAAUAGUAGAGAGAAUUAUUUCUUUCGGCUUUUAUUUCUUUCAUCGCAUUCCCAGUGGGUCAGAAAUUUACAUACACUCAAUUAGUAUUUGGUAACAUUGCCUUUAAAUUGUUUAACUUGGGUCAAACGUUUCGGGUAGCCUUCCACAAGCUUCCUACAAUAAGUUGGGUGAAUUUUGACACAUUCCUCCUGACAGAGCUAGUGUAACUGAGUCAGGAUUGUAGGCCUCCUUGCUUGCACACGCUUUUUCAGUUCUGCCCACACAUUUUCUAUAGGAUUGAGGUCAGUGCUUUGUGAUGGCCACUCCAAUACCUUGACUUUGUUGUCCUUAAGCCAUUUUGCCACAACUUUGGAAGUAUGCUUGGGAUCAUUGUCCAUUUGGAAGACCCAUUUGCGACCAAGCUUUAACUUCCUGACUGAUGUCUUGAGAUGUUGCUUCAAUAUAUCCACAUAAUUUUCCAUCCUCAUGAUGCCAUCUAUUUUGUGAAGUGCACCAGUCCUUCCUGCAGAAAAGCACCCCAACAGCAUGAUGCUGCCACCCCUGUGCUUCACGGUUGGGAUGGGGUUCUUCGGCUUGCAAGAACCCCCUUUUUCCUCCAAACAUAACGAUGGUCAUUAUGGCCAAACAGUUCUAUUUUUGUUUCAUCAGACCAGAGGACAUUUCUCCAAAAAGUACGAUCUUUGUCCCCAUGUGCAGUUGCAAACCGUAGUCUGGCUUUUUUAUGGCGGUUUUGGAGCAGUGGCUUCUUCCUUGCUGAGCGGCCUUUCAGGUUAUGUCGAUGUAGGAUUCGUUUUACUGUGGAUAUAGAUAAUUGUGUACCUGUUUCCUCCAGCAUCUUCACAAGGUCCUUUGCUGUUGUUCUGGGAUUGAUUUGCACUUUUCGCACCAAAGUACGUUCAUCUCUAGGAGACAGAACGCGUCUCCUUCUUGAGCGGUAUGACGGCUGCGUGGUCCCAUGGUGUUUAUACUUGCGUACUAUUGUUUGUACAGAUGAACGUGGUACCUUCAGGCGUUUGGAAAUUGCUCCCAAGGAUGAACCAGACUUGUGGAGGUCUACAAUUUCUUUUCUGAGGUCUUGGCUGAUUUCUUUUGAUUUUCCCAUGAUGUCAAGCAAAGAGGCACUGCAUUUGAAGGUAGGCCUUGAAAUACAUCCACAGGUACACCUCCAAUUGACUCAAAUUAUGUCAAUUAGCCUAUCAGAAGCUUCUAAAGCCAUGACAUCAUUUUCUGGAAUUUUCCAAGCUGUUUAAUGCACAGUCAACUUAGUGUAUGUAAACUUCUGACCCACUGGAAUUGUGAUACAGUGAAUUAUAAGUGAAAUAAUCUGUCUGUAAACAAUUGUUGGAAAAAUUACUUGUGUUAUGCACAAAGUAGAUGUCCUAACCGACUUGCCAAAACUAUAGUUCGUUAACAAGACAUUUGUGGAGUGGUUGAAAAACAAGUUUUAAUGACUCCAACCUAAGUGUAUGUAAACUUCCGACUUCAACUGUAUAUGCCUCAUCACAAUUCUAUCUCAGACAGUUCCUUGGACUUCAUGGUAUAGUUUCUGCUCUGACAUGCACUGUCAACUGUGGGACCUUAUAUAGACAGGUGUGUUUCUUUCUAAAUCAUGUCCAAAUAAUUGAAUUGGCCACAGGUGGACUCCAAUCAACUUGUAGUGACAUCCGUUUUGAAUUUGGGCUGUAACACAACAAAAUGUGGAAUAAGUCAAAGGGUAUGAAUACUUUCUGAAGGCACUGUAUAUAAUCCGUAAUCUCUAAUCUCUAUUGCUAGUCUUUCAAGCUAAUGUAUUCUUGUAAAAGGCCAAGGUUCUUCCUUGUUGUGGGAGUAUGUUUGUGCAGGAAGCCUAGUUGCAGCCUUGUUUAGGGAGUGUAUUAUUUUCAUGCCUCGCUCAGGGUGUGUGUGUCAUGUCGUGUCCUUCCCAGGGUCCCUCCCGACUGGUGUUGUCCAAGCCGUUGAUAGCAGCGGUCAGUGGCUACGCGGUGGCCGGAGGGCUGGAGCUGGCUCUGUUGGCUGACCUGAGAGUGGUGGAGGAGAGCGCUGUCAUGGGGGUGUUCUGUCGCAGAUUUGGUAUGUGUAUCCCACCUACGAGAUGACCCCUAGUCACCUCCCUGAGCCUGGUCCCCCCCCCACUAUUACCAAGUGUGUGUGUGUGUGUGUGUGUGUAAUUUUAAUUGUGUGAGGUUGCAGCCCUUACCCCGCCAGUGGAAGUCAAAAUCGUUACAAAGUGCCUGAUUAAUUUUCCUUUCAACAGCAAUGUAGCAUUUCAAGCCGUUAUCACUUUAGCUUUCUCCUGUUUGGGUUUUGAAUAACUCUGCGAUAGCAGCAAUGACCAUGGCCUUUGAAAGCAUUGCAUGUACAGACACCACUGCUGUACAUGCUGCACUCCCUGAUAACCAGAAGGAGAGGAAAUGAAUGUAGCGUGUAGUAGCAUCUCCCAUCUCGACACCAGUCUGCCUCCGGGGUAAAAAAUAUGACCUCCGUGUUUAUAAAUAGGACCGGCCGUACUAUAAUUUACUGGCAGCGGGUAGAUCCUGGGUCUCUUUCUCUAAACAGGGCUUAUCAUUUUGGCUCUGUAAUUAAACAGAGCAUCCUGGCAGUGCCCUCGCCUGUCUUGAGCCAGGGCCCGAGCCACCCUUCAUACUGUCUUGUGGCAGGGGCAUGGCCACCAUGUCUUGUCUUCGUCACCUCCCAUCAUAUAUCAUACUGACGCCGCUGAGUGCAUGACAUCAGGGGUACAUCUCAAUAGUCUUUAUUGGCUUCCUCAAUCCUCACAUUGUCUCCUUCCCUUGAUACGUACUGAAUUGAACCGGUGAAAGGGGAAUGACUAACCGCUCACUUCAGAUCUCCUUAAGCAGCCCCGAGUGGAGCAUAUGUGCUCUGAGGAUUGACACUGCUGGCGGCGGAGGCACAUUUCCUCCCAGCUGCUUAUGUUCAGCCACCCCACCAUCUCGGUUAUGCCUCAUUCCACAAACCCCUGGGUUGUUUGUCAACACUUUUCCCAGUUGUUUCCCCAGCUUAGUUUGGCCACUGUGGCUCGUUCUAUAAUUGGAUGUGAGUUUAGCACUGUAAUUGUUAUUUUGACCAUACCCAGUUAUCAGCUGUGGAUGUUGUGUUCCUCCACUCUGUAGUUAGCCUGGCAUGUAUAGCAGUAAGGCUCUACUCAUCAAAAGUAACGCUACUCCUCUGGAGUUUAUUUUUAGAUCUCUCUGGUAGGUUUGUUACAUCGCUUUAGUUUGAUGGGAGAAUUCUGUAAGCGUUUUUGGUGGAGAAACACAUGGGAACAGCAGCCCAAGGGAAUCCCCUGUGGUUUGAAUGAAUAACCCAAAUCUAUGUGAUGUGGCCCAAUGGAAGACACAAGUGAGUGACGGCUUCCUGUCACAUGACUCAUCGAAGCCCCUGUCUCGUACGGAAAAACGAGGAAGGCCAAAAGGAGGGAUCAUAGGAUAGCCCACAUGUUUAGAGUACAGCCCGGUCCAAAGCUGACAUCAUGUUGGCCAAUUCAAACAACUAUCCAAUGACUUGUUAUUGAUGACAUGGGGAUACCAUUCCAAAAUACUCUGCUAGGUGAAGCUGCAUGGCUGAAUACUCUCCCUCUAAGCAGUGAAAGGGCACAGGAGUGGACAGUUAGUCUAACCUCUACAGGGAGACCUUAGCAGAACCUGAAGUUCGAACCUCCUGGCUGUCCUUGGACCAAUGUAGGAUAACCUCUGGACCUUGGCUCCGAACGGUUCCGGCUGUGCUCAAAGACCCAAUUAGUGAGAUGGAUGGGGUGGCGGGGAGAGACAUAACUGCCAGAAAUUGUGUGUGAUACUGGACUGGAGCCUGCAGAGAGACUAGAAAGACCACACCCUGGCCUUAAGACUAGAGGAUCUGGCUAGUGGCUAGAGAGGCACCUGCAGCACUGUGUGUCUCUGUGGUUUGCUGGAUGUGAGUUAAACUCUAGUUCUCAGAAUGUCCUGUGCUUUCUUCAGAGCCCAUGGGGAGGCCUUCAUCAAACAAUGAACUCGCAGACACCAAAAAACGUCAAAAUAUUUCUUUGAUGUGCUGAAAGAAAAGGGAAUCCUGUGACAGUGUGUUAAGCCCAAAAUAUUUCUCCAAGUUGGAGUGUUUCAAAGUGAACCUCCGUUAAAGGUUCACGUUCUCAUCUCUGUAUCCGUUCCGUACGGAUUUGGCUGGAAAUCUUUAAUCCGCAUCGAACUUAAUCACAUUAACCCUCGUGAGAGUCCAUUGUGGACAGCUUUGCUUUGAAGUGGUGCAGAUGCCUGUAUCUCCAGCACAGCUCAGUUCAAACUAAAAAACAUCAGACGUCUGCCCAAACUGUUUCACAGAGCUCAGCACUUCACUGGUGUAUUGGCAGUCUUACUGUACCUAUAGAUGUGGUGUUUGAACCAAGAGGAAGCAAAUGAAUGAGAGUGAGGCUAGGGCUGUUGUGGUGACUGUAUUACCGCCACACCGGCAGUCAUGAGUCACGUUAAUCUCCUCUUAUGCACUCUGGACAUGCGUUGGUAGUACCCAACUUGCUAACAACCAUCAGGUCCUAAUGGCCUGGUAAUCAGGGCUCUAUUGUCCCUCUAACCACUCUGACAUCAAUGCAAAUAUCAUCAAAACAGUAUCGUGCAUUUAAAACUCACCUCACUGUGAUGAUCAAUUUGAAGAAAGAAGUUCAACAGCAGGUUGAAACUGAGUGUAAAACAUGGUUGUUGUGUAUGUUGUUUCAAUAACACAACGAAAUGGACAGCGCUUUCUAAGGUGAUGAUUCAUUCAAAACAUUCAUACGCACAUGAGCCCAAGCCCCCAAAAAAAGAAUAAACAGUAUGAAUGUGCCAUUAUACAAUACAUAGCCUACCGCAUAUUACUCAUGGCAAAAAAAACAAAAAUAAUUUGAGAUGUUUUUGGUACAUAAUUGGUCUAGCCUAUACUCCAAAAUUAAACAAAUUUGAGUAAUUGCCUUUGAGUGUGGACUGUAUUAUUAUUCAUACUGGAUGGACUGGUUACCUUAUGCUACGCUCAAAUUUAUAUCCAUGAGUCUGGGAGAGAAUGUAUAGCCCUAGGCAAUGCUGUUGGUUCAUUGAUUGUGCAGGGCGGCUUACAGAGUUAGCCUACAAUUAUAGUGAAUUUGUAUUUGAUUUUGAAUUGCCUAGUAAUAGGGCUUUUUCCCCCCAGAAUUAAUUGGGUGACACAUUACCUUUAGCUAUACAGAAUAUCUCACCACCGUGCGUUUCCAUCUCCUCCUCUCUCUCCUUUAUUCCUUUCUAGAGCGUGCAGAGGGGCUGUCAACAGUUUAGUAAAAUAUGUUUUGUUUGCGAAAUCAGGUUACUAUUGAUGUCUCCGAACAGAUUUAAAUUGGUUUCACGAAUCAAGCCCUGGGUAGCUGCAGGGACAGGGUUGGAGAGCCCAUGGCAUACAGAGUUUGGGCGGAAUAUCACCUGUCGCGCAGCGAGCGCAUGCUUCUCAAACAUUGGUUGACGCGUGGCGUGAAAUAAGUGUUCUUAUAUUUAUUCAUUAGCUGCUCAUAUUAAGCACAUGCUCCACUAUAAAACCGAAGUAGCCUACCAGGCAUCAUUGAAAAACGGACCGGCGGGAAAGCGUGCAGCCUCCAUUCGCUAUUCGAGUGUGCCAUACGGAUAACAUGUCUUUUUCCCCCUGCCCCUGUUCCUGCCCAUUUGAUAAUGGGCAAUUCUAAAUCGAAACUAAUGUUACAUAUUAGUAAAGACAAGAUUCAAUUGAGAAUAGUCUGAUGGGUGAAAAUAUGAUCACUUGAUGAGAGAACAGCUGUGCAACAUGAGGCAAGGAACAGACCACCAGCUUUUUUUUGCGACUUUCUCAAAUCAUCAAUAGCCUAGUCGCAUCAUGCGGCCCAUUAUAUGUUUUGAUUUCUAAGACAUUCUAAGGUUUGUAUCAUUCACAACUAAAGUUGCCAAAUAACUUAAUCUAGCAGGACCUGUUUCAAAUUAUCACUUUUUACGCUCAACAUAGCCACUUCAAAUAUCCUUUCUAUUUUAUUCAGCUAAGUUCAAUUAUAUUAUUUUUACUAUAAAAUAAGUAAGGGAUAAUCAUCAAGGGGCUAUGCGUUCUAUGGAAAAUAAUGAAUGACGUGGAAAAGGCGUGUUCCACAACGUGCUAGCAGAGUGGAACUGACCUUCCACUGAGUUGCAUUAUUUUCCAGAGAACGCAUAGAGCCCCGAGUUGAUUAUCCCUUUUAUACCAUGGCUAUAAUUUAACACAUUUGCAGCUAGAAAUGUGUUCAUUUGCCGGUAGAAAUGUGUUCAACAAUCCACUGAAGUAGCUAGCAAGUUUACUAGAUAGCUACAGUAGUUGUCGUGGUAACCAAACAAGCAGACUUGCUAGUUUAGCUAACCAAACCAUCAGUCCUAGCUUGCCAUUAUGAAAAUCGAAUUCAACAAUGCCAAUAAUGUUUUCAAUUCGACUUUUGCUUUCAAAAGCAGCUCAAACAUACAACAUGUAAGAAUGAACUAUAGCCAUUGAAUUCUACCAUGCAAAUGUACCAUGCGUUAUAGGGAAAUAAUGCACGCUCUAUAAUGCCCUUCAAGCCAAUCAGAAACAAGUAUUCAACAAUACCAUGGUAUAAUAUAAAAUAAUGGCACAGGACUUAUAAGCAUAUAUUGUCAGCUUAAUAAACAAGCCUAUGGCAUGGCGCAUAGCCAGAUAACGUACAGUAGGCCAACUCAUAUUCUGUUCUUCUGAAAUACAUUUUCUUCAUAUCAUAAAGUUUCUUUAGACCUUUAGACUAAAAUAAAUAAUGGAUUUAUUGUGAUGGUGUAUAUUAAAUUGAUUUAUUAGACUUUUUUUAAUGUAGAUGUUCCAAAGGCGUGCAUCAGUGGCUUGUAUGCAGCUUGUAUGCGUGGAGGUCUGGAGAUGCUACACUUGUUUAUGUUAAUUAACUGUCAAUUACCAUGAGACCGGCAGUCUUUUGCAUGACAAUAACCGGCUGACAAAAUGUAAUGACCGCCACAGCCCUAAGUGAGGCCAUUGUUGCGACCAGCAUACAUACACAUUUUAUGUAAAUAUGAAUUGUUAACCAUCAUCUCCCCAGCAUAGCAGCGUUUUAGAAAAAACCUACCCCUGCAAUGCAGAGGAUAAUGCUGACAGUCAGGAAGAGAACCACCUCCUAUAUCUAUUAUUGGACAAUAGGCUCUGCUGACACGCAAAAAACCCAGUUAAAACUGGUGUGACUCUUUAGACAAUGGAUUUAUCUGCUUUGAUUAGAUGAGGAAUUAAAGGAUGUUCUGGUAUAUCCACAACAUGGCCUUUCUCAUUCUCAGAUCUUCCCAAUCAAACAUCUAAAGUGUCCUUUUUAUUUGUGACGAUUUCAAGGGGACGUUGCCCAACACACUGGAUUCCAUGCAUAGGGAACAAAGGAUGGGCUGGUGUGUUAAUGCAAACAGGACUAGUUUGAGACAGACCAGGAGAGUAUCAGCAGGCUUUGAGGCGGGUGCUGGAUAAGAGAGGACCCUUCCGACGGCUGAUAGCACGGUGCCAACAGCACUAAAGACUAUCUGGCCCAACUUGGCUCCUCUCUCGCCAAUCUGGCCUGUUAGUUCUGGACAUGGACUGAAGAGGCUCUCUGCACCACAAUCUAAUCUAGCCUCCGGCCCUGAGGGAAGCUAGGGGGUUGUGUGUGUGUGAGGGACAUAUCAGUAUGUGGGGUGGAUUGCUCAAUCUGCCCAUCCUGUUCGAGAACAUUUUACAAAUGGACUUAAAAAGUAUGUAAUGUGAUUUUAUUAUUGUGAUGCCUUUGUAAAAAAUAAAUUAAAAAAUAAUGGAAUUUAAGUCAGAUUUCAUCAGCUUGUGCUAUUGGCAGCACACUCUUUCAUAGGAAUUUUCAACAGAAUCGACCUGACCGGUAGAGACAGGGAAAGAUGUAUUUGCUGACAAAGCGCUCCCUCCCUAAGAGCUGUCUUGUGUUAGUUGCCAUAUGUGCUGAGUUUCUGACCCUAGGCCUCUCGAUUGGUUGCAGAUGUAUUAACACUGGUAUUCAAUGUAUUCAAAUGUGAUUUAUUUGAAGGACUCCGAGAAUGUAGCGGGGAGUAUGAAUGAAUAGAAUUAGUGUUUCCACAACUCUUCCCUGGGGAACUCCCCCCGAAAACCCACAGAGAUGAUUUCAGGUUAUGAAAAUAUGUUGGACUCAUAUGCUCUUAAUAAUGGGUGGUCAAGCAGAAUCUAUGACUGGGAGGAGUUGAGGAGGCAAGCUCCCUGUGCUUCAGAGGCCAGUAAAACUAUACCUCCAUCUGCCUUACGGCCACAAGGGCUUCCGCAAAUAAGUGACUUUCAGAAUUCUCAGCCUGGUGGAUAUGCUAGUGGAGAUGGUCACUUUAAUAUAGCUACUCUGGAUCAUUAAUUGGACUUGUUCUGUCAUGUCUUGAUUUCUUGUUUUGAUUUUUGAUUAUUUGUGUAUUUGUAUUGUAUUAGCGAGACAUUCUAUUGCACUGUUGGAGCUUGUAACAUAAGCAUUUUACUGCACCUGCUAUAACACCUACAAAUCUGUGUACACAACCAAUAAACUUUGAUUAGAUUUUUAUAUGAAUUAUGAUAUUUUAGGAGCCACUCACUGUUGGUGGGAAAACACUAAUUGGUAAGUCCUAUAAGGCUCUACAUUGGUGCAACCAGGAGUGUAGUGGAGGGUAAACGCAAGACAACACUGUUUACGCACCUUUUUAAUUUUGCACGAGCAUUGACCCACCUUUUGUGGAAAAAUGCAUCUAAAGUAUAAGGAGCAUUGCUUUACUCACCACGAACGGCGGUCAGCGUUUACUCCCCUAUAUUUUUACCACUACAUCACUAGGUGGAACGUAUGAGUGAUAAACUCCCUCACAGUCUACCUACCCACUUAUAAGCGUAUGUGUAUGUCUGUGUGCAACAGUAGGACUAGAAUAGUCAACUACUCUGUAAACCCACUGUGUAAAGUCCUACAGCCCUCCUCAGUAUGAUGUCACUCAUGGAUGAUUCCUUUGUCUCCUCAGGCGUCCCCCUGAUUGAUGGGGGCACAGUCCGGCUCCCCCGUCUCAUUGGUCUCUCCCGGGCUCUGGACUUGAUUCUGACUGGACGGCCCAUUGGUGCACAGGAGGCCUUAGCCUUCGGAUUGGCUAACAGAGUGGUACCGGAUGGCCAAGGUAAGAAAUAUGCCCUCUCUUGAGGUUUUGUCUGUAAUAUUCCUCUCCUCACUCUGAACAAUUUGGAAGUAUUUUUUUAAAAGUGCAUUUUGAAGUUUUCUUAUCUGUUCCAAUGUAAUGGCUGUGGUAGAUUAGACAAAUUUAUGUAAGCUAUUUUAUUCAGAGUUAUCAGAUUUGUAUGCCAUUUCAUUGGUUGGAACAAACCUUACCAAUAACUUAAUUGAGCAUCGAUAGUUGAAUUGGACAAUGUGUAAUUUCCAAAAUGGCAUUUUCUGUAUGAAUGUGUGAAAACUCAAACUCCUUCAUCCCUACGAAAAGCCUUUCCAUGUGCUCUCCUGGUUAAGAUUCCUCAAAAGAUAUUCAAAGAUUAAGUUAAGUCUUUUCGGAAGUCAUUCCCAUAGCCACAGCCAAGUCCGAUUAAUUGGACUCAGAGGCUGAUCACUUUGGUUAGAGAUAGCUCAAAUAGAGAGGGGGCACUUGGGCAUCACUCACAUCAGCCCUUUGCUUCCAUAGGAGAUUUGGAUGUGGUCCAGUGCUUUCAUGUGGCCCAGGGAACAAAGUGGCUUGGCUCAAGCACAGAGAGGCAGGAAGUGCAGGAGGAAGGGAGUAUGCACCAGCAGUAGCUAUAACUGAAUAGCUGCCAAGUGCCCUAUGCUAAUGUAAUUAUUGAAAUAAACUAUACAGAUAGGGUAUAUAUCCUGUGUGUCUCUGUGUGUGUUUGUGUAUAACACUCGGCUGGCGGUGUGCAUGAGUGUACGGCUGGCGGUGUGCAUGAGUGUACGGCUGGCGGUGUGCAUGAGUGUACGGCUGGCGGUGUGCAUGAGUGUACGGCUGGCGGUGUGCAUGAGUGUACGGCUGGCGGUGUGCAUGAGUGUACGGCUGGCGGUGUGCAUGAGUGUACGGCUGGCGGUGUGCAUGAGUGUACGGCUGGCGGUGUGCAUGACUGUACGGCUGGCGGUGUGCAUGAGUGUACGGCUGGCGGUGUGCAUGAGUGUACGGCUGGUGGUGUGCAUGAGUGUAUGGCAGGCGGUGUGUAUGAGUGUACAAAAUAAAAUAUGGAAAUAUCACAUUUACAUAAGUAUUCAGACCUUACUCAGUCUUCUUGUAUGACGCUACAAGCUUGGCACAGCUGUAUUUGGGGAGUUUCUCACAUUCUUCUCUGCAGAUCCUCUCAAGCUCUGUCAGGUUGAAUGGGGAACAUCGCUGCACAGCUAAUUUCAGGUCUCUCAAGAGAUGUUCGAUCGGGUUCAAGUCCGGGCUCUGGCUGGGCCAUUCAAAGACAUUCAGAGACUUGUCCCGAAGCCACUCCUGCGUUGUCUUGGCUGUGUGCUUAGGGUCGUUGUCCUGUUGGAAGGUGAACCUUUGCCCCAGUCUGAGGUCCUGAGCGCUCUGGAGCAGGUUUUCAUCAAGGAUCUCUGUACUUUUCUCUGUUCAUCUUUCCCUCGAUCCUGACUAGUCUCCCAGUCCCUGCCGCUGAAAAACAUCCCCACAGCAUGAUGCUGCCACCACCAUGCUUCACCGUAGGCAUGGUGCCAGGUUUCCUCCAGAAGUGACGCUUGCCAUUCAGGACAAAGAGUUCAAUCUUGGUUUCAUCAGACCAGAGAAUCUUGUUUCUCAUGGUCUGAGUCCUUUAGGUGCCUUUUGGCAAACUCCAAGCGGGCUGUCAUGUACCUUUUACUGAGGAGUGGCUUCCGUCUGAUUGGUGGAGUACUGAAGAGAUGGUUGUCCUUCUGGAAGGUUCUCCCAUCUCCACAGAGGAACCGGGCGGCUAGCUCUAGGAAGAACCUUGGUGGUUCCAAACUUCUUCCAUUUAAGAAUGAUGGAGGCCACUGGGUUCUUGGGGACCUUCAAUGCUGCAGAAAUGUUUUGGUACCUUUCUCCAGAUCUGUGCUUCGACACAAUCUUGGCUCAGAGCUCUACGGACACAGGUGGACUCCAAUCAAGCUGUAGAAACAUCUCAAGGAUGAUCAAUGGAAACAGGAUGCACCUGAGCUAAAUUUCGAGUCUCAUAGCAAAGGGUCUGAAUACUUAUGUAAAUAAGGUAUUUCUGUUUUUUAUUUUUAAAAUAUUUGCUAAAAUUUCUAAAAACCUGUUUUCGCUUUGCCAUUAUGGGGUAUUGUGUGUAGAUUGAUGAGAAAAACAUUAAUUUAAUCAAUUUUAGAAUAAGGCUGUAACGUAACAAAAUGUGGAAAAAGUCAAGGGGUCUGAAUACUUUCCGAAUGCACUGUAUGUGCUUAUGAGCCACCGCAUGAAUCUGUUUCUUCACGAUGCUCACAUACAUAUCUUGUGCGGGUGUUUUUGUGUGUGUGUGUGUGUCUCAGUUCUGCAGGCAGCCCUGGAGCUAGCUGAGCAGAUCAGCACCUUCCCCCAGCAGUGCAUGCGUGCAGACCGCUCCUCUGCCAUCUACAGUGCCUACGACGCUCCCUCCUUCAGCCUGGCCAUGCAGUACGAGAUGGACCAUGGAGCACCAAUCAUCCAGGCUGAGUCUGUCGCCGGGGCAACCAGGUUCAGCUCAGGGACAGGAAGAGGCGGGAAAUUCUCCUCAAAGUGCUAGUAACACUUUAUUUAGGUAUGCUUAUAAACAUGACUACAUAGUGUAUGCCUAUGUACACUACAUUACCAAAAGU